UUUAUAUAUGUGUAUGUGUUUUUUAAGAAUGUCAUUUCCAGCUGUGUUCAUAUUGGGAUCUUAAAAAUUUGUCGAAUCCAUAUCCGAUACCAUAUACAUAUUUGUAUCCAUAUGUGUGUCCAUGCAAAUUUGCAAAUAUGUAAUAACCACACUAUUUUGUUUUUUAGAAUUUUACAACUGAAAUGAACUGUAAUGCAAUGUCCUUACCACUUUCUAAUCACCCAAUUCCUGAGAUGGGCAAGGUGAGAGCACACGGUGUAUAGGAUCACAAUAACUAUAUAGAAUGUAGCAACUUGUAAGGAAACACAGUGGCAAUGCUGGCUAAACUUCACUUUGUGCUAUGCCAGAACUGAAAAGAAAGCACUUCAAUGCAUAUUCAGCAAAAUUUUCAAUUACAAUAAGUACAUACACUUCUUUCUUAUUCAAGUAAGUGUGCAAUUACAUAACACAAUCACUUCCACUUAUUCAAUGGUGAGUGCAAUUACAGUAGCCAUAUCAAUUUUUUUCACUUAUUUGGUGGGAUGAGAAAAUACAACACCUAUACUCAUUCAGUGGUGAGCAAAUACAACACUUUCACUUAUUCAGUGGGGUGAGCAAUACAAAACUUUCACUCAUUCAAUGGGAUGAGCAUCAGCAAAUACAUUAAAAUGCAGGGAAGAAAUCACUGGUGGUACUACCAUUAGGGUAUUACAAAAUAUCCCUGCAUUACAAACCAACGAAGAGAAUUUAAUUAUUUAUGCAAGCCCCAUAAAUUUAUUAUUUGUUUUCAAAUCUCAAUAAAUUUACCUUGUAGCUCAACAUCCAACUUUAGAGAAUAAAUCUUCUAUUUCCACAUCAAAUCACAAACUAAAAUCUUUCAGCACAAAGGCAAUUCCUGUAUGAAAUUGUACCAGUAAAAUCAUCCCCAAAUCCCAAAUCUUCAGCUCACCGUUGAUCCCUGUUUGGAACCACUUGCCUUCUGGUAAGAAUUUGGCCACAUGCAGAAAAUCUCAGAAAGAGAAAUAAUCAAAAUUUAGAAUGAAUCCUUUUUCUCCUCAGCCUUUUUAUAACCCAUGCAAAACAUUCUGGAAUUAUAAAAUCACCUUUGAAAUAAUAAACCUUUUAAUUCCCUUUAAGUGACUUAUAUUAUUUAAAUUUUAUUUUUGGCCUUAGAAAUUUCAUUUUUAAAAAUAUUCAGCUUAAAAACAUUAACAAUUAAAUUAUUUUCUUUUAAAAAGGUCUGGGCUGAGAAAUGGGGACAAUACAAUUGAACACACAUUGAGAUCACAUUGAAAAUUGCUGAUUACUAAAUUUGACUAAGCUUGAGAAAUAAUGAGAUCCUCCAAAAAAUAGAAUUUGAAUUAUAAUUCCUAAAGAUCUGAAACCCAUCUCAAACAUCUUUGAACUAUAUACAUGAAAUAUAACUUAAAUUAUAAGUAAAUGCCCAUAUGUAAAUGUCACCUAAUACUUGAAUGUUUAUAUCAUGUAUUGCCUGCCAAUAUGGUGCAGCCCCUUAAGGGAAGCAUAAAAGUUUUCCUAGAAAUGUAGUGUGCCAUCUCUUUACUGCACACCCCCCAUGUGCAUGGUACAACCUAGUAGUGAAAGGCAUGACUCAAAAUAAGGCCCUCAGAACUUCCUUAGACUGUUCAAGCUGUAGAAAACCCUGGAAAACUCAAUCCAAACAACAAGAAAUCAAGAUUUGGUCAGUACCAAAUACAAUGACCCCAAUUGCUACGGCCCAAGCUGAAUGUAUGACUAGCAUAGGAGGUUACACAAAAACUCUUCGAAACGAGCACUCAUAACCUAAGUCACCAGGUUCGACCGAAUUUCAACCUUGAAGUUCAAAAUUCGCCGAACUUGAAACAUUCUACAAAAACCCUAAAAAAUCCGAUUAAAUUCGAAUAAAAGUUUAGGGUAGCUGAAAAGCAUUUUUUCCGCUUGCGUUUUAGGGUUUCGUCGAGGUUUUAAUAAAUAGGGCGGCCACACGGGAGUUGCUUGUCACAGGAGUUGAGGUUGCCGACCACCACGGGAGUUGCAGUCACGCCCACGGGAGUCGCCAUUGCCCAUGGUUGCUACCAGUCCGCCACGCCCACGGGAGUUGCCAUUUCCCAGUCUGCCCACGGGAGUUGCCAUUGCCCAGUCUGCCAUUGCCCACGGUUGCUACCAGUUUGCCACGGCGCGACCAUUGCCCGACUUGCAUAGAUUUUCAUUUAAUGGCUCCUCCCAAAUCAACUUCCGAGGCAUGGAAGCAUGUGACCCAAAAUGGAACUCACAUUAAAUGUAACCUAUGUCAGGGAACUAUAAUUGGAACUUUAACAAGGCUUAGGGACCACUUCCUUGCUAAUACAGGGGCUCCAAGUGGAGGUGUUCAAGCAUGCAUAGGUGUGACUCCAGAACUUAAAGCUAUUCUAGAGAAAGAGUUGGUUGCUUCAAUGGUAGGCAAAGUGAAGAAGGCACAAAAGAAACAGAGAAUUGAAGGAGAUAUAUCUAGAUUCACAUCUGUCAUGUCUUCCUUUUCUGUGCAAUCCAAACCGGUGACUGUAUCAAAACAGAGUGGAACACUAAACAACUUUUGGAAACCAGUAGAGAAACAACAGGUGGAUGAUGCAGUUGCUGAUUUGUUUUACACAAGUUCUAUUCCAUUCAAUGUUGUGAGAAAUCCUCAUUUCCGUAAUGCAGUUCAGAAAAUUGCAGAGUUUGGCAAAGGGUACACACCCCCAGGUUCAGAGGCUAUUAGGACAACUCUUGUGCAGAGGUCAAAAGAUAGAGUAACUGAAAAAUUAGCUGAUGUCAAAGCCACUUGAAAGGAAACAGGUUGCACUAUAUUGAGUGAUGGAUGGUCAGAUAUGUGUCAAAGGCCAUUGAUUAAUGUUUUGGUGUCUUGUCCUGAAGGUGUUGUGUUUUUGAAAGUCAUUGACACCAUGAACCACAAGAAAACUUUAGAGUAUAUUUUUCAAAUAUUAGAGGAAGCCAUUCUUGAAGUAGGGGUGGAAAAUGUGGUUCAAGUGGUAACUGAUAGUGCAACAAAUUGUGUGGGAGCUGGGAGGCUGAUUGUAGAGAAGUACCCACAGAUAUAUUGGAGCCCAUGUGCAGCCCAUUACCUCAAUUUGUUGCUUCAUGACUUGGCUAAAUUCCCAUAGGUAAAUGAAACUAUUCAUAGAGGGAGAGCAAUUGCAAAUUUCAUACAGAAUCAUUGUCUCACAUUGAGUAUUUAUAGGCAGCAUGCAUCAAAGGAAUUGUUGAGGCCUUGUGAAACAAGAUUUGCUUCAUAUUAUAUCACUUUGAAAAGAGUGGUUGAAGAAAAAGAAGCUUUGAGAUCUGUUAUUUGUUCCAAUCAGUGGGAAAGUUCAGUGCUUUCUAAAGGCCCUAAGAGGAAGAACAUAGAGCAAAUCAUCCUAAAUAGCCAUUUCUGGUAAAGUGCAGCAAAAGUUUUGCUUGAAUGUGAACUAAUUGUUGAUGUGCUUCGUAUGGUUGAUGGUGACACUCCUUGCCUUGGCAUGCUUUAUGAAAGCAUGGACCGGUGUAAGGAAUCUAUUCAAAAAGCACUAAAUAAUGAAGAAGCAAAAUAUAUGCAGAUAUGGAGACAGUUGAUUGCAGAUGGAAAAUGAUGCACACACCUUUACAUGCAGCAGCUUGCUUUUUGGAGCCUAAGUUGUUUUCUAUUGAUAGAAGGGGUGAUAAUGAAAUCAUGGCAGGGCUUUACCAAGCCAUUAGCAGGUAUGUACCAGAUCCAAAAAUUGCAGCACUAAUCAGAGAUCAAAGUUGGCAAUACAAGAGAGGAGAAGGGAUGUUUGGAGGGGCAGAAGCCAAAUAUGACUCGCCACGUAUGCCUGGAUAUAGAUGGUGGAUCGCUUAUGGAUCAUCAGCUCCUGAACUGCAAGAGUUUUCUAUUCGAAUUUUGAGUCAAGGAGCAAGUUCAUCAGCUUGUGAGAGGAAAUGGAGUUGCUUUGACCACAUCCAUUCCAAAAAGAGGAACAAACUGCUGAUUGGAAAAUUGGGAGAUCUUGUCUAUGUUCGCAGCAAUUUGAAAUUGCUGAUGAACAAAUCAGAAAAGAACACUUCUUUAGAACAAACUCUUGAAGGCAUAGAAAUGCCAAAUGCAGAUGAGCCUGACUUUGCAGAUGAUGAACUGAGUAGUGAUACAGAUGAUGAUGAUUUGGCAUCCCAACCAAGUGCUCUUGAUGACUUAGAGUUAUUUUAAAGUUAUAAAGUUUUUGACUGUUAUUGUACCUUUUUGACAAAAGAACAUCUUUGCAAUUGUGAAAGCAUAUGUUUCCUAUGGUUUAUAUUUU